AUGCCUGGAGUGGGCCCGGAUCAAGUGGUGGAGGUGCUGAACUGUGUCUACGGGUUAGUGGACGGACCGGCGCAUUGGAGAGGUUCGCUGAUCUUGGUGCUGAAGUCCUUGAACUACAAGCAAAGCCGAUUAGACCCGUGCAUCUUCAAGCUCUACCAUAUGGGAAGGUUGGAGGGCGUGGUCGCAAUUGAAGUGGACGACCUCUUCGUGUGUGGCCAUGAGGUGCACCUAGAAAAGAUGAGGCAGCUGAGGGAAAGGUUCAAAUUCGGAAAGUGGGUGAGCCUUCAGGAAGAGGCAGAUGGGGCUGCGUUCAACGGGGGAAGGAUCAAGCAGAAGCAGGAUGGAAGCUUUGAGGUGGACAUGCAGAAGUUCGUGGAGGAGCGGCUGCAAGAGGUUCCGUUGGAGAAGGGAAGGUUGAAGGAUAGAAAGGCAGCAGCAUCCCUGGAGGAGAUCAGUGGCGCGAGGGCAGUCUGCGGCGCGCUGAAUUGGCUGAGCAAGGAAGGAAGGCCGGAUGUGGCAGGUGUCGCGAGCCUGUUGGCAUCUCGGUUGAAGAAGCUGACCGUGGACGACGUGGCGAACAUCAACGACGUGGUGAAGAGAACUAAGGAGAAGGCCGGGGUGUGCUUGAAGAUCCAAGCACUCCGUAACAUGAAGAUGGGCGUCGUCACCGACGCAUCUUUUGCGAACCGGGACUAUCACAGCCAGGGAGGUCAGGUGAUCAUCGCCUACGAGGACAGUUUGCAGGAUGGCAUGGAAGUGAGAGUUGGAGGAAAAACUGCAGAGGGUGGAUUCAGCCUUGGCCGCAGAGACCUAGAGUCUCUCUCGAGGCCUGGGUGA